AUGCCACGCUCUGCGUUCCUAGGGGCCGCCCUUGCCAUGCUGGCACUUGGCCAGAGCUCAAAGUGCCCUGCCAAUGCCGUGUACGCCUACAAUAUUGGGUGCGACUCAUGCGACUUUCGGGCACCGGCAAAUGGCCAGAUGACUGGGGGGUUGCGCCACGGCGCCCGCUUCUCCUGCAUCUGCUCGGAGGGCUACGCCCGAGUAAAGUCGAACGGCCCAUGCAUCCCACUGGCGCAGUGCCCCGGAAGUACGCAGAAUCAGAUGCAAUGCCCCGCCAACGAGGAAUAUAUUCAGAAUUUGGGCUGCGACUCGUGCGAAAACCGGGCCUACGUCGAUGGGAAACCUCCUGCACCUUGCGCCACCUCCCCGAAAACAUCGUGUGUAUGCCGCAGGGGUUACGGCAGGAAUGACGACGGAAAGUGUGUUCCGCUGGUCCAAUGCCCCGAACCUACCGCCAACACGACAUGCGUCGCCCACGCGACGUACCGGUUGAAGGCGGGCUGCGACACGUGCGAAGAGCGAGCCCCGGAUUUGAGCAACCCCGACCGUCCGCGGUGCAUGGUCAUGCCAGUUAUGGCCUGCGUCUGCGAUGCGGGCUACGCCAUGGACAGCUCAUCACAGCUCUGCAUCCCCCUGGCACAGUGCCCCGGAAAUUCACAGACAAAGGGUGAUUCAAAGGGGAAAUGUCCGGCCAACGAGGAAUAUAUCAAGAAUCCUUGCAUGGCCAAGCCGAUGAUGUCGUGCGUUUGCGAUGCGGGCUACGCGAAGGCCACCUCUUCAGGUCCCUGCGUUCCUGUGAGCCAGUGCCCGAGGACCCGAAAACUCUUCGCUGCGGGUUGCGCCAUGGAGGAGGAGUUCAAGCUGAAUACUGGCUGCGACAGCUGCGCCAAUCGACAACCCGGAGCGAAUAAUACGGCCUGCGCCACGGCUCCGCAAUACUCCUGCGUAUUUGCUACAGCGGAUACGGGCGGAACCCGGCCGGGAAAUGCGUCAAAUUGGCCCAGUGCCCCAAGGCCGCCAACCAGUGCGACGCGAACGCGACUUACAAGCAGAACGUUCCGUCUUUGCCGCCGCCUCGCAGCCGUUCUUCUUGGUGCUGCCCCGAAAAUCGCCGAAUAUUGGUUCCCGGAGAAUCAGCGGGCCCUCGCCAAUGUCCUCAGCUUUAUUGCAAACCCGCUCGGCGUGGCCGUUGGGUCGAUGCUGCCCACGCUUCUGAUCGACGAAAGUCACCCGACACCCGAGUCGUACGAGAUGUUGAAGCUGAACGGUAUCUUCCUCGCCCUCGGCACCAUCGUGUUCAUGUUGUCAGUUGCAUCCGGCGAGGAUGCCCACCGACCCCACCCUCGCCCUCCAGCGCACCACAACGCCUUUUCAUUGCGCCAGGGGCUGGCCAACAUCUUCAAGACGCCAUCUUACGUGAUACUUCUCGUCCCAUUCGGCCUCGCCUUUGCCAUCAACUGGUCGGUGUUCAUCGUCACCGACGCGAUCCUCGACUCGUUGGACUAUGGGCUCCAGCUUUUGGGUAUCGAGCUGGGCGUCGAGAUGACGUUCCGGUGCCCGAGGCGACGUCGAGCGGCGAUUUUGGUGAUUUUUGGAGAAUGUGAGAAGGGCUACUAUCAUUAUCCAUUCACCAACAAUUAUUGGCUUGCCCUUGACUUUUGGUGCGUCCUCAGCGUGAUCGGCCUCCUCAUUUGUCGUCUUCGCGCUGGAACCCAAAAUAAGUCGGCCUGCUUUGAAUGGGUCCUU